GUGAAAGAUCAAACUUUUAAUAAGGAAGAAAAGUUGUUUCGAAGUUUAGAGAAGACUGUGAAACUGUGUGUGAAGAACAUUUCGCUCUCUUCGCAACAUUUACAGGAUUCUAUACAUCUGGCUGCCCAGAAUAUAAUUGGGCUUCAGGAAAUCUUGCAAGAUAAAGAUGACAAUGUCAAUGACUGUUUGAAAAAACGGAACAAUGCUGCAAAUUUAUGUGAAGACCUUAUGGCUCAGCUGGACAAACUUGUUUUGACUCCACUCUCGACACUACAAGCCUUGUUUUCAGGCCCUCAGAAGCUUAUCCAGAAGCGCUAUGACAAGUUGUUGGACUACAACAGCUAUCUUCAAAGGUCAACCAGAGAGGAGCUGGACCUGGCAAAAAAAGACUAUGAGGCUCUAAAUGCACAGCUAGUGGAAGAACUUCAGGUAUUCAACAAAGCAGCCAAAAAGAUUGUGUUGAACUGCCUACAUUGCUUCAUCACCCUCCUCAGGAAUAUUAUGUCUGCAGUACUUCAAUCAAAUUCUGCUGUGGUGGUGCCUGUUCCACUGUCUUGCUCAAGCAUCUGUGAAGUGCAGAAUCAAUUGAUGGAGGAGGUUCAGAAGCUGAAUUUUGUAAAAGAAAACAGUACUGCAACCUUUAUUGAGAGAAAAUUGAGCUUGGAAAAAAAGAAACCUGUCCCUUCUCCGCUGGAAUCCCCACGCCAAACAGAAGGCCACAGGUCCAAGCUGUUGUCUACCUACAGCACCGAGUCGCUGUACCAAGCUAAGCGCAAGUGCAAUGCCACGCAGGAGUUUGACAUUGAUUUGCACGAAGGAGAACUGGUGGCUAUUGUGGAGCAAAAGGAUCCCUUUGGAAGUACAAGCAGAUGGCUUGUUGACACAGGAAACCUGAAAGGGUAUGUGUACUCCUCCUUCCUGAGGCCUUACAAUCCAGCCAAAGUGCAGAAGGAUGUAGCAGAAAACGGCUUUGGUGAUGAUGAUUUUGAUAAUAUCAGCCUCUUUGUCUCUUCACGGCCAUCUACUGACAGCAGCACUGCAAGUCCAGGGCACAAGAAGAGUGACAGCAGCUCCUCUUUUCACUUCUGUGAAAAUUCCACAAUGAAUGGCGUGGGGCACGAUGCUCUUCAGGAUAUGGAUGAUCAGCAUACCUUCUAUGCUGUUUACGCAUUUCAAGCGAGAAAUGAUCAAGAGCUCAGUCUUCAGGAGUACCAGAAGGUCAGGAUACUUCGGUUUUCUGACCUGAGUGGCAAUAAAGAAUGGUGGCUAGCUGAAGCAAAAGGUCAGAAAGGAUAUGUGCCAUCGAAUUAUCUUGGGAAGAUGACAUAUGCCUAG